AUGUCUCGUGAUCUUUUGAUAUUGAUUACAGGGAAACAAGAAAAAUAUCUCAUCCGUACAUGCCUAUAUAUAUAUAACGUCAUUAGCCGCACGUACUCAUCAAACAAGAAGAGGUCAAAAGAUUCCAAGAAAGUUCUAACAAAUUGAACCACAUUUUACAAUCACUGUCUUCGAAUUAACUUUAGUUAAUGAUGGUUUCCAUGGAGGCUCUAGCGAUGGCAGGAGCGGAUUAUCAAGAAUGGGGACUUAGUAUUGAGGAAUGGGAGUUUCAAGAAUCAGUAGUUCCGUCCCAUUUGCUUGCAGACGAUGUUGAAAAGGACGAAGAAGAAGAUCAUCAAAAUGAUGAUGAUAGGCUUUUCGAUGGCGUAGAGGUUAAACCAUCUCUUACUUGUGACAUUCGAGAUUCGGUUGGGAAACUGAAUGAACAAUCUAUCUUACAUAUCAUUGUUCACCUCAAGCUGCUUAAGUUCUUGAGACAUCUUCUUGUGAACUUUUUGUUUAGCCGUGUUCUUGAUUUUAUUUUGUACUAG